CGUUUAAGCAUGUUGGGAGGACUUUUGCGACCAGUAGACUAAGCAGAUAGCCUACUUCUGAAAGUUGACUUGAACAGGUGAGACUAAAAACCCCGUUCCGUUUAAGCAUGUUGGGAGGACUUUUGCGACCAGUAGACUAAGCAGAUAGCCUACUUCUGAAAGUUGACUUGAACAGGUGAGACGUCACGUGACCACCCGUACACAGAAGUCAUUCAAGCAGUUGAACCGAGUCAUGCCUUGGGAGUUAUUAUUUUUUAUUUAACUAAUUCCUAAUGUUUUAUCCACUGGGGCUGGGUGAUACGAUAUAAUCCUAGGGCCAUAGCGUGUGCCUUGCGAUUGAACACUCGGAAUAAGAAGGAAAGAGAACGAUUUUACCUUACAAAAUGACUUCGAACCAGUUGGCUUUCAUUCUGACAUGUACUUUAUGGAACAGGAUGUCGGUGUGUGCUGGAGAAUCCCUGUGCACCCAAGCCCCAGAGUUUCAGUUGCCCAGUGGGGGGCAGUCUGAGGUGUGGGAGACCCUGGGUUCCUUUGUGGCUCUGAACUGUACAGCCGUGCUGUCCUGGAACCGGACGGACCAAUGGUGUGACGCUACCUCCCGGACUCUGCUCUGGAGCAAAGAUGGGACCCCUCUCAACCUCAGCCUUUACCCACAGAACACAUCCACCUGGACUCCCAGCCAAUCCCAAAUGAUUGUGAGCAGUGUGCUGCAGGUCCAGGUUAGAGAGCAGGCUGACUUUGGCCUCUACUCCUGUGAGGUGAGGAACACCUCUGCUGACUUCAGCCUGCAGAAUACCGCCCAGCCCAGCCACACAGCAUCAGUGAUAGCAGCCAUCAGUCUCUUCCUGAUCCUGACUAUAGCUGCUGUUGUCUACUCCAGGUGUCGUCUCAAUAUCAAACUCUGGUACAGGAACUCCUAUGGAGACUAUGAGAUCAAUGAUGGGAAGCUGCAUGAUGCCUACUUCUCCUAUGUCAACAACGAAUACGACAGAAAGUUGGUCAACUUCAUCCUCAAACCUCACCUGGUGAACAAAUCUGGACAUAAGCUACACCUCAGUGAUAACAACAUCCUACCUGGGGGUGAGCCGUCUGCUGAGUUCCUGAUGAACGUUAGUCACUGUCGGCGCCUCAUUGUAGUGAUGUCACACGCCUACCUAGAACAGGACUGGUGCUGUAACAACUUUAGACAGGGCCUUCUGCACCUGCUGGAGCUGUCCCAGAGGCCCAUCAUCAUCAUCACAUUGGAGGGUCAGGUCAAACUCAUGAGACCCGAUGUGGUCCAGCAACUCAGAGAACACCAACACAAACUCACCUUGCUCACCUGGUCGGGAUCACACUCCAUGCUGCCUUCGUCAGUGUUCUGGAAGGAGUUGGCCCUGGCCAUGCCUCAUAGGGUUGUGUUCCACAGCGACACGGCAGGGGACCCCCAGACCCUCUUCCAAGACGAUAAGGACCCCAUGCUCACCCUCAACCCAGACUACCUGGACUGUCGCCCUGACCCUGACCCUGUUGGAGACCUGGGUAAAAUCAAGUGAAUGGCUGGCAACAGGGUUGGGUACAAU